AUGCGGAUUCCUCAGCUACCUCUACGAUAUUCCAAGCGGUGGAGCUCACGAGAAUAUCGGCUAGCUGGAAAUGAAAGAUCUGUGUCGGUAGAUUUUAAUGGGAAAAAUUCGCUAGAAUUAAAGACAGGUCAUAUGGCUAGAUUCGCGUCAGCUGCAGUUGUAGCGUCUUCUGGAGACAAUUCAGUGAUGGCUACAGUAGUACAGAGGAAACAGAAGCAGGGAGAUGGGAAUGGUGUGCCUCUUCAGGUUGAAUAUAGACCAUCUGCCUCAGCGGUCGGCCGAAUUCCCACCAAUUUCCUACGUCGAGAGUUGAGCCAAUCGGAUAACGAGAUUUUAAUUUCCAGAGCCAUUGAUAGGUCGAUAAGGCCACUGAUGCCAGCCAAUUCCUAUGAGACACAGGUCAUCUGCAAACCCUUGGCUCUCGAUGAGAACGCUGAUCAGAUCAUGCUAGGCAUCAACGCAGCCUCCUCAGCUCUUCACAUCUCCUCAGCCCCCUUCAACGGCCCCUUAGCGGCUAUUCGAGUCUCCAUGGAUCCACGUGGCAAGAUCUUCCACGUGAAUCCAGGUCAAGAGGAGCUGAAGGCGUCGAGUAUGAAUAUGAUUGUGGCGAUGAGAAGGAAUCAGAAGACGGUGAUGAUUGAGUUGGAUGGAGAGGAGACACGUGGCGAGCAGUUAGAAGAAGCCCUAGAUGUCGCAUUUCAGAAUGUGGAGAGACUACACGUGGCGAUGGAUGAGCUUGGAGGAAUCGAGAAGGACGAGUUGCCGGAGAAGACGACGACAAUGGAGAUUCUGGAGAUUCUGGAGGCGUUGGCACGGGAGAGAAUCUAUUAUGUGAUGACUGAUAGUACACAUGAUAAGAUUUCGAGGGAUGAGGAGAUAAAAGCGAUUAUGGAAGAUGUGAUAGGGACGGAGGCCCUCCAACCGUUCCCACCCGCUGACAUCUAUCAAUGCUGGUCCUUCCUAGUAAAGAAGGUGCUCCGAGAAACGACUCUUUCCACCGGAAUCCGAUGUGAUGGACGUCGUCCAACUGACUUCCGACCCAUCAGAAUCCAAGUGGAUAUGUAUAAAAAGCUCCAUGGAUGUUCGAUGUUCCAACGGGGACAGACACAAGUCAUGUCUACAGUAACCUUCGAUUCUCCCACUGCCGCUUUUCAUCCGGAUUCGGUUGCUCAGUUGUUAGGAUCACAGAGAAAGAAGUCGUUCAUGUUGCAUUAUGAGUUUCCCAGUUUUGCCACUAACGAUAUUGGCGUAAGUGCCUCCCGCUCGCUGAAUCGCCGUGAAAUUGGACAUGGUGCAUUGGCUGAAAAGGCUCUGAAACCCCUCUUCCCCACUGGAUUCCCCUAUGCUGUACGCCUUGCUUGCCAAGUCCUAGAAUCAAAUGGAUCCUCUUCAAUGGCCUCGGUUUGUGGAGGAUCGUUGGCACUGUACGAUGCUGGUGUCCCAAUGAAAAAUGCAGCUGCUGGUGUCGCUAUCGGAUUGAUUUCAGAUGAAAAGGAGCCUGAGACAAACUAUAAAGUGCUUACCGAUAUUUUGGGAAUCGAGGAUUAUGCAGGCGAUAUGGAUUUCAAGAUAGCAGGAACUAAAAACGGCUUCACCGCUGCUCAGCUGGACGUUAAAAACGAUGGUCUGACCCGUCAACAACUCCGAGAGAGUCUAGACGCAGCACGUGCUGGAAUAGACCAUGUUCUAGGCAAAAUGGCCAUAAUUCGAGAUCGACCAAGAGAGCAACCGAAAUCUACAGUACCAAUUAUCGAAUCGAUGAGAAUAGAACCACAUAAACGUGUGACGCUAUUCAGAAAUAAUGGAUAUAACUGUAAAUUGAUUGAGGCUGAAACUGGUGUUAAGAUUUCCGUUGAAGACGAGAGCAACAUCUCCCUGCUCGCUCCAAGUCAGGAGAAACUUCAGAAGGCGUUGAGCAUGAUGAAUGGCGUGUUGGAGAGUAAUACGACGUUGGAUUUCGCGUUUGGAUCGAUUAUUCAGGCGGAAAUUGUGGAGCUGAAUUCUACUGAAAUUUCCGAACUUUUGAUACCCAUAUUGCCCGAAAAACUUGGAGUUUGGAAUUCAGAAGUUCCACGUCUUCUGAAAAUUCAGAUUUUUAGAAGAUGGGCAAUAUGGGUAUCAAAAUGUUGGGAAUCGUCUGGAGAACACAAUCGGAAAUACGAGAAUAAUGAAUUUCCAGAUAAUGGACCGUGGUGUGUACGUCACACUACCAGGAAGCUCCCAACGAGUCCUUAUCAACAACAACCAUCUAAGUCUUCAUCCAUCCGACAUCCAGAUGUCCUUGGACUGAAAGUUGGUGAUAAAAUGGCUUGCACGUGGUUUGGACGCGAUGAGCACACUGGAAAUAUCAGAUUAUCGAGGAAGACGUUGGCAGGAGCAUCACAUCCAGCCACUCAGCAGAAGAAAUAA